UUUGAUACUGGAAAAUAAUCGAUGACGUAAGCGACCCACUCCCCGACUCAAAAGAAAUGAUUUAUAAGAACUGGCUUGCCCCUUCGCAAAUUUAGAAUUCAGCUCUCUCUCUCUUCUCUCUCUCUCUCCCUCUAAAUUCUCCGGCCAUGGAGCGCUGCGCAAAUGGCGCCGUAUCCUCGGAAUUGGCUCUCUGUGCGACGUCGUCUUCGUCCCKGUCGAUCGACGUGGAGGAAUCCACGGCGGUGCGGAUCCGGCGGCUGAUAGCGGAGCAUCCGGUGAUCAUCUUCAGCCGCACCGCCUGCAGCAUGUGCCACGUCAUGAAGACUCUCCUGGCCACCAUCGGCGUCCAUCCCACCGUCAUCCAGCUCGACCACCACCACGAGAUGGCCGCCGUCCCUUCCUCCUCCGCGCCGGCGCUCUUCAUCGGCGGCGCCUGCUUCGGCGGCUUGGAGACCCUCGUCGCCCUCCACCUCAGCGGCCAUCUCGUUCCCAAGCUCAUCCAAGUCGGAGCUCUCUCGGUCGGACACGUGGAGUGUUGAAAGGGGAAAUCAGGAUUGGUGGUCAUGCAGGUGCCGGACAGAGGAUGGAUGCCGCUGUGGACUGUGGACUGGUGCUGGUGGGGGUAGUUUUGUAAUUAUUGGCUAAUUCUCUCGUCGCCACUGAAGAACGUGUGGGUGUCCUCCAAAAA